AUGCAUUUCGCCCUCUCUCAGAUCGUCACUCUCACACUACCACCGCUUUUGGUCCUCGCCCAGAGGCAUCAUGGCGGAGGAGAUGGCGGCGGCGCUAAUCGAACCGGAGGUGACUUUCGAGGAGGUAAUGCUGGUGGCAGCGCAGUUGCAACAACAUUCGUCACCAUGACCUUCACCUCGACCAUUACCGCAGCUACGUCGACAGAAACUGUGUCCGCUGGCGGAAAUGGGGUCGCCACAGUCGAUGGCGCAUCGUGCCCUACCUUCAAUAUCACUGCAAACAUCAAGGCCAACGACGGGACUGCCAACUGCGUAGGGGACAAUGGAGCGCUCAUUCCGUGCGACUGCCCGCCGAGCUUGAACAUCUUCACCCCAUUCCUGGCCACGGUGGUACAAGCUGGCUCGGCAUUUCCAGCCGGCAAUUCAAUAGCAGACCAGCUCACCCGGUUAGACACAUGUACCGUGGCGUUGCAGAACUUCAGAGGAGGCCUUGGAAGUGGUAAUGGCUGUCCUAUUGUAGCUACAAAGUGGAAAGAGCUCCGGACAAUGUUGCAGUCGGGAGGAUAA